AUGAAUCAUGAUUUUCAAGCUCUUGCGUUAGAAUCUCGGGGAAUGGGAGAGCUUUUGCCUACCAAAAAGUUUUGGGAACCUGAUGAUUCAACAAAAGAUGGACAAAAAGGCAUUUUUCUUGGGGAUGAUGAAUGGAGAGAGACUGCAUGGGGAACUUCUCACCAUUCACUGUCCCAGCCUAUUAUGGUACAGAGAAGAUCUGGACAGGGUUUUCAUGGAAACAGUGAAGUAAAUGCAAUACUGUCUCCGCGAUCAGAAAGUGGAGGCCUUGGUGUGAGCAUGGUAGAAUAUGUGCUAAGUUCUUCUCCUGCUGAUAAAUUGGAUUCUCGAUUUAGAAAGGGAACUUUUGGCACUAGAGAUGCUGAAACAGAUGGACCUGAGAAAGGAGAACAAAAAGGCAAGGCUUCUCCAUUUGAGGAGGACCAAAACAGAGAUCUUAAACAAGGAGAUGAUGAUGAUUCUAAAAUAAAUGGCAGAGGUUUGCCAAAUGGAAUGGAUGCCGAUUGCAAAGAUUUUCAUCGUACUCCUGGGAGUCGUCAAGCCUCUCCAACUGAAGUAGUUGAGCGCCUGGGCCCCAAUACUAAUUCCCCAGAAGGAUUGGGCCCUCUUCCUAAUUCUACAGCUAAUAAACCACUUGAAGAAUUUUCAAAUCCUGAAACUCAGAAUCUGGAUGCCAUGGAACAAGUUGGUCUGGAUUCUUUACAGUUUGACUAUCCUGGUAAUCAGGUACCAAUGGACUCUUCAGGAGCUACUGUAGGCCUUUUUGACUACAAUUCCCAGCAGCAGCUCUUUCAAAGGACUAAUGCAUUAACAGUUCAGCAGUUAACUGCAGCUCAACAGCAGCAAUAUGCAUUAGCCGCAGCUCAGCAGCCACAUAUAGCUGGUGUAUUCUCAGCAGGCCUUGCUCCAGCUGCAUUUGUGCCAAAUCCAUACAUUAUUAGUGCUGCUCCUGCAGGGACUGACCCAUAUACCGCAGCAGGAUUGGCUGCAGCAGCAACAUUAGCAGGUCCAGCAGUGGUUCCACCUCAGUAUUACGGUGUUCCAUGGGGGGUUUAUCCAGCCAAUUUAUUUCAGCAACAAGCUGCAGCUGCGGCCAACAACACAGCAAAUCAGCAAGCCACAUCUCAAGCUCAGCCUGGACAGCAACAGGUUCUUCGUGCUGGAACAGGUCAGCGCCCUCUUACUCCCAAUCAGGGCCAGCAAGGGCAACAAGCAGAAUCACUUGCAGCAACAAAUCCAACUUUGGCUUUUGGUCAGGGUCUUGCUACUGGCAUGCCAGGCUAUCAAGUACUAGCUCCAACUGCCUAUUAUGAUCAGACUGGUGCCUUAGUGGUUGGCCCUGGAGCGAGAACUGGCCUUGGAGCUCCAGUUAGAUUAAUGGCUCCAACACCUGUUUUAAUUAGUUCAGCAGCAGCACAAGCUGCGGCAGCAGCGGCAGCUGGAGGAACUGCAAAUAGUCUUACAGGCAGCACAAAUGGUCUCUUUCGGCCAAUUGGCACUCAGCCACCACAGCAGCAGCAGCAGCAGCAGCAGCCAAGCACUAACCUACAGUCUAAUUCAUUUUACGGGGGCACGUCUUUGACGAAUAGCUCCCAGAGCAGUUCUUUAUUUUCUCACGGACCUGGCCAACCUGGAAGUACAUCUCUUGGCUUUGGAAGCAGUAGUUCUUUGGGUGCUGCUAUAGGCUCUGCCCUGAGUGGAUUUGGUUCAUCAGUUGGCAGUUCUGCAAGUAGUAGUGCCACAAGGAGAGAGUCUCUAUCUACUAGCUCUGACUUGUACAAAAGAUCUAGUAGCAGCCUAGCACCCAUAGGGCAACCAUUUUACAAUAGUCUGGGAUUUUCCUCCUCUCCAAGUCCAAUAGGCAUGCCUCUGCCAAGCCAAACGCCAGGACAUUCACUUACGCCUCCGCCAUCACUUUCAUCACAUGGAUCCUCAUCCAGUUUGCAUUUAGGAGGACUGACAAAUGGUAGUGGUCGCUAUAUCUCUGCAGCCCCCGGAGCAGAAGCAAAGUAUCGAAGUGCUUCUAGCACUUCCAGUCUGUUCAGCUCCAGCAGCCAGCUCUUUCCUCCUCCGAGGCUUCGGUAUAACAGGUCUGAUAUUAUGCCUUCAGGCCGCAGUAGAUUAUUGGAAGAUUUCAGAAAUAACCGCUUCCCAAACCUGCAACUUAGAGACUUGAUUGGACAUAUAGUUGAGUUUUCUCAAGACCAGCAUGGUUCUAGGUUCAUACAGCAAAAACUAGAGAGAGCUACUCCAGCUGAGCGACAGAUGGUUUUUAAUGAAAUUUUACAAGCAGCAUAUCAAUUAAUGACAGAUGUUUUUGGCAACUAUGUUAUACAAAAGUUUUUUGAGUUUGGGAGUUUGGAUCAAAAAUUAGCCCUGGCUACUCGUAUUCGUGGUCAUGUUCUACCGUUGGCCUUGCAGAUGUAUGGCUGCCGUGUUAUUCAGAAAGCAUUAGAAUCUAUUUCAUCUGACCAGCAGAGUGAAAUGGUAAAGGAGCUAGAUGGUCAUGUACUCAAAUGUGUGAAAGAUCAGAAUGGGAACCAUGUUGUACAAAAAUGUAUUGAAUGUGUUCAGCCACAGUCACUACAGUUCAUCAUUGACGCUUUCAAGGGACAAGUGUUUGUACUUUCAACUCAUCCUUACGGAUGCAGAGUAAUCCAGCGCAUCCUAGAGCACUGCACUGCAGAACAGACCUUGCCUAUCUUAGAAGAACUCCACCAACACACUGAGCAGUUGGUCCAGGAUCAGUAUGGCAAUUAUGUUAUUCAACAUGUACUGGAACAUGGUCGACCUGAAGACAAGAGCAAAAUUGUUUCCGAGAUCAGAGGAAAGGUCUUAGCCCUGAGUCAACACAAAUUUGCCAGCAAUGUAGUAGAAAAGUGUGUUACUCAUGCCUCCCGUGCUGAGAGAGCUUUACUGAUUGAUGAAGUUUGCUGCCAGAAUGACGGUCCUCACAGUGCCUUAUACACCAUGAUGAAGGACCAGUAUGCCAAUUAUGUGAUUCAGAAGAUGAUUGAUAUGGCUGAACCUGCUCAGAGAAAGAUAAUCAUGCACAAGAUUCGACCUCACAUUACUACUUUGCGCAAAUACACAUACGGGAAGCAUAUACUGGCCAAGCUGGAAAAAUACUAUUUGAAAAAUAGUCCAGAUCUAGGGCCUAUUGGAGGACCACCAAAUGGAAUGCUAUAA